AUGAAAAAUAAAGGAACAAAAGAAGUUUUAAGAGUUUUGCAGACGUUCGUGGCAGAACAUCAUCCCACUUCAUUAACUUCAGACCAGGAUUCAGCAUACCUUUCAAAUGAAAUUACUGAAUUUUUGAUUAAACAUAACGUUACUCAUUACACGACUGAAGAUCAUAACCAUAAUAUUUUAGGUAUCAUUAAUCGUUUCAUUCGAACGCUCAGAGAUUUAAAUAAAGAAAGAGAUUUUACGGAGGAAUCAAUGAAUAAAGUCAUUAAUGCUUAUAAUAAAUCAACUCAUAACAGCACAGGAUUUAAACCAAACGAAAUGACUUCAAAAGAGGAGGAUGAAUACAUAAAACAAAAGAGAAUGUUAACGGAGGAAAGAAGAAGUUCAUCAUUACUGCCAGGAACUAAAGUUAGAAUCAUUCUUGAACAUAAACCACAUGAAAAGGUAAGAAAUCAGUUAAGUGAUGAUUAUUAUAUCGUUGAUUCCUCACAGGGUAAUGGUUAUUUAAUUAAAGCAGCUGACCAUUCAGUAGCGUUUUAUCCACAAUUUCGAUUAGUUGAAAGCGAAAAUGGAAGAUUAGCUAAGACGGUUGAUGAAGCGAAAAGAGGUAUAGUUAAUAAAAUUGUGAGUUAUGAUGAAGACAAAGAUGAAUACACUGUCAUUUAUGAAGGAGGUGUGGAUGAUAAAAUUCCUUCUAGAAAUUUGAGAGAAUCGAACCCUACACAUUUAUCGGAACUCGAAAAGGAUUACUGGAAGGAUAAAAAUAAGCCAAAAUUAAUCAAAAAAUUUUUAUGA